AUGGUCAUGAUUCCCAACACCGAGCAUGGCGAUGGUGGCGGUGAUGGCGGUGGUGCCGUCCACCAGUGGAGCUUGGAGGACUCGUCCCCUUCGAGUGAAGUUCAGCACUCAUACCCCCUCCUUCACAGUGACGACUACGUUGCCCUUUUCACCAACACAGCAUCACAUGAAUUCAAGACAGCGGUGGAUGAGUUUUUGGCGCCGCUUGACGACGACGAAGAAUACAACGGCAGAGUAGACAUCAACCGUGGAAUUGAUGAAUUCAAACCUCCCACAGUCGACAAAGAGGUCCAAAAUGAGGAACCUAGCGACGCAGACCUACUACCAUUUGUUGCGAUUGAGCAAUACAUCCCCGGCGUUAACGACCUGAUGAGCGGUGCGGUCUCACUCUUAGACAAAACAAGUACCGACAUGACCCAAGACGACAACAUCAUGUGCAUGCACGGCCUGGAGCGCCGGCUCAUGCCCUUCAAGGUCCUCCCACAGAGAGAGCUCUUCGGCCUGGGCCUACCGUUCGCCGACGAGUCGUCGCUACAGGAGCUGCCAAGCGGGUUUCUGACCACGGUCCGCGGCCUCGAGCGUGCGGUGGGGGAAUUCUACGCCAGCGACCCGGACGUCUUCGCCGACGACAUCGAAUCCGACGUGGCGCUCCUGGGCAUGAUCGCCAAGAGAGGCGGGCUCGCACGCACCAAGUUCCAGCAGGUCGUGUAUCCAGAGGAGAUCGUGCCGUUGGACAACUCGGGCUUUGUGCUGGAGGAAAACUUCGAGUCUAGUGGAGGAGAGCAGGACGACCAGGACAAGGAAUACUGGGCAGAAUUGCAAGAGCAAGGGCGGAUUUGGGACGAGCUCUACAUUCCUUGA